UCAACUGUUUUGGGCAGCAGUUCAACUUGAAUUUUUCCGUUCAAUGCCCUGGCUAUCCUGCACACCCCGGCUCACCCGCCAUGAAGCUCGGAUGUGCCAUAAACUACACGGCGCUGAAUGACAACAACUGUGACUGCCCCUCAUGCAGAGAUGAGACGACUGAAAGCUGUGAUGCUGCCAUUUGCAGCUCCUCCAUCUUCUGCAGUCCCAGGGGGGUGAACUCGCGGAUCUGCGAAUGUCCCACCAGCUGCGGAGAACCCACCAGCUGCGCGGGGAAAUGCAUGGGAGAUCCGCUGCUCUAUGAUGGAGGUGUGAUUGAAUGUGUCUACUACUGUCCGGGCGUAUUUUGUGGCAAGCACGUGCAGAUCCUGAACAACAGCGUGUGCGAUUGUGUCAACUGUGAAGAUGAAGCGGACUGGUCCUGCGCUACUUGUCAAUGCCCUGCCGCACCACUUGAUACUUUCGAUUUCAACAAACAGGGCUGUGGCUUUGAGCCCUUGGAUGUGGUGGUGCAAGGGAAGGGUUUGGCGGACGUUACAGUGCGGGGCAAAUUAUGCGCUUUUCCUACACCAGGAGGCAUUCCCUUUCCGACGAGGAAAUUGCCGGAUGGCAUCGGUGGAUCAAUGGCACACGAGUUGCUGGAAAGGGCCAGCAAGACGCCCAGAAACAAUCGGUUGGAGCUGGCGUUAGAUGACUUUGUGAGCCGGGCGCUGGCAGAUGAUGAAGUCAGGAAAGCCAUGGAGUCGGCCACAGCAGACGGGUAUACUGGGCCAGCCUUGCAGGCCGAAAUGGAUGCACUUGCCACGUCCAUCGGGAUGGAAAAAAAGUCGGAAGCCUAUGGUUUGGUGCAUUCGGCGCUGGCAGAACGCGAGGUUCAAAAAGUGCUGGAAAACUGUGUAACCACAGGCUUCAGUGAAGGAGCCAAGGAGGAAGUGAGGCUUCUUGCGCUCAAGAAAGCCAUGGCCCCACAACCUGAGAGGUUGGAACUGGGGCUGAAACCUCCAUAUCUACCCCGCACUUUGCCUUCAGGUGACAAAACGUCGCGGCGACUGCAAGCGGACUUCGCCGAUUCAUUCAAACCCCUCGAGAGGUUUGAUUGCCCGGGGACCGAAUGCUUCAUCCCUCAAUCCGGCGUCAACAAUCGCGUUUGUGAUUGCCCCGGCUGCGAAGAUGAGGAGGCCUUUGGCUGUGGCACAUGCAUCCCCGUUGUGCCUUUGGGAUCAGUGCCCGUGCCGGCGCAGACCAACAUUGGAGUGGCCGUAGGUGUCAGCCUUGGCGUGGCCGUGGGCGUUGGUUUGGGCGUGGGUCUGGGCGUGUCGGCGGCGCUCAGCGGCGUCUUCGCGGCCGUGGGGCUGGUGCAGUUCACCGUGGCCAACGCGGAGCAGUUCAUCAACAACCCCAACGUGCAGCAAGGCUUGAAGAAGGCCUUCAUCCGCUUGGCCGGCUUAGCCAUCGCCGAAGCCGCCGUGACUCUGAAUUGGGCCUGCGCGGGCGAUGCGCUGGCGCAGUUGAACAGCAAGCUGCGACGGCUGGGAGAGGCAGUGAAGUUGUGCUUCGAGAUCGAAAUUGAAGGCGAGCAGCAAAGCUUGGAGGCCUGUGAGCUCCUGGCGGGGACCUCCCCCGGAAACGCGGCGCGGGUGAUCAAUGAGGAGCUGAAGGAAGUGAGCGAUCAGGAGGUCCAGGUGGUGCAAUGGACUGCCAAUCCGAAUCCACGCAGCAAGAAACCCACGAGCGCCGAGCUGCCAAGGUCCUUCGAAGCGCCUAAGGCAGUGGGUUUGGAUACCAGCGCGCUGUUGCCCGCGCCAGUCGGACCCAAGGUGCCUGCAGUCGGCCCCAAGGCGCCUGUCGGAGCGCCUGCAGUGCAAUCACCGGUGGUUGUGGAUGGGUUGGAUCUGUCUAGGGGAAUAGAUGUUAUGAAAUAAUUCAGGCUGCUGGCCUCGGAUCGAAGCUAUCCAUGUCCCAGCAGCUGUGACUGGUCUCUAAAAAUUUUGGUGGCUCAGAAGCAGCGUUUUCAGAUGUUUUCAGUUGCUGUGCAAGUUCUUUGUAUAGACUUUAUAACAUCUUUUCACACCAGAAUCACCUGCGCCUGUGAAUGGGCUUGAAAA